UACCUGGGGGCUGAUCCGAUAAACGAAACCUUAGCUCACUACAAGGCUCAAAAGAUGAUGAGUUUCCACCUCUGUCUCACCGCUAUUAAAAACACUCCUUACAUUGAAAGUUGGAUCGAAUUCGUCAAGUCCCGUAACGUUGAGAAUAUGACGAUUGAUUUAGGUUCACGUGCUUCUUCUGAUUAUACAAUACCUGAUUCCUUCUACAUCAAUUCAUAUGUCAAACAACUUACCCUUCGUUUAGCGUUUCAUGAUCGGAUGAUUCCCCGUGGCUCCGUAUGUUGGACAUCCCUCAAGGUGCUCGUCUUGCGUAACUGCAACCUCUUUGACGGAUCUACUAUACCUAAGAUUCUAUCUGGUUGUCCGGUUCUCGAAAGCUUAACGCUGUAUAUGUGCCGUUGCUAUAACCUCAAGGUUCUUGAUCUCAGCAAAUCCCUGCGUUUGACUACAUUAGAAAUCGCUAACAACUGUUGGGUUUCGGGGCAAAUACAUAUUGUAGCACCACAUAUCCAUAAUCUCACUUUGACCGUCCCUCCUUACUGGCCAUGUAAUUUAGUUGAUGUGUCGUCUCUAACGGAAGCUAGACUAGACAUUGGAUUUAACUCACAAGAAGCAUUUGAUGCUGAUUUUCUUCAACAGUUUGUUCAAAACAUCAUAGAGAAGCUGCGGAAUGUAGAUAAGCUUACUUUUGGGGAAAAAUUUAUCAAGGUAUGUCAAAGCGGUACAGAGUUACCAAUCAAAUUCAGUAUAUAGAUAAAUUUAUAACAUAUCAUGGUC